AUGAGUUAUUCAGGCUGGGAGCUGACAUCAGAUGAAUUCAGGCUGGACAUAAAGCACAGGAUCCGUCCCCAGCUGUUAAAGGAGAAGAUUGAGGGAUGCCACAUCUGCACUUCAGUGACGCCUGGGGAGCCCCAGGUGCUGCUGGGAAAGGACAAGGCGUUCACCUAUGACUUUGUGUUCGACCUGGACACGUGGCAGGAGCGGAUCUACACCACCUGCAUCAGCAAACUCAUCGAGGGCUGCUUUGAAGGCUACAAUGCCACUGUGCUGGCAUAUGGCCAGACCGGCGCUGGGAAGACAUACACCAUGGGCACCGGCUUUGACACAAACAUCUCGGAGGAGGAGCACGGGAUCAUCCCGCGGGCCAUCUCCCACCUCUUCAGCGGCAUCGAGCAGCGCAAGCGGGCAGCGCAGGAGCGUGGCACAGCCGUGCCAGAGUUUAAAGUCAGCGCCCCUGGAGGCUGUGCCCAGCCUUGCUCGCUCCAGGCGAUCCGCAGAAUCACAGUGACCGGCCUUCCAGAGGGAUCCCAGGCCACCAGCGAGUACGAGACCCUCACCGCCAAGUUCCACUUCGUCAACCUGGCUGGCUCGGAGAGACUGAAGCGUACGGGAGCUACGGGCGAGAGAGCCAAGGAGGGCAUCUCCAUCAACUGCGGUCUGGGAGGGGCCCUCCCCAGCAUGGGGGGAAAACUCAGUCCCUUCCGGUUUUUGUUGGCAGCUGACUCCCUGAACACCACUUUCCAAACCAUCAUGAUCGCCUGCAUCAGCCCCUCUGACCGGGACUUCAUGGAGAUCUUAAACACGCUCAAGUACGCCAACUGGGCUCGCAACAUCAAGAACAAGGUGGUGGUGAACCAGGACAAAACCAGCCAGCAGAUCAGCGCCCUGCGGGCCGAGAUCGCCCGCCUCCAGAUGGAGCUCAUGGAGUACAAGGCGGGCAAGCGUGUGAUCGGGGAGGACGGCACCGAGGGCUACAGUGACUUAUUCCAGGAGAACGCCAUGCUCCAGAAGGAGAACGCCACCUUGCGCAUGAGGGUGAAGGCCAAGCAGGAGGCCAUUGAUGCCAUCAACAGCCAGGUCACCCACCUGAUGAGCCAGGAGGCCAAUUUCAUACUGGCCAAGGCAGGUGACGGCAACGAGGCCAUCGGCGCCCUGAUCCAGAACUACAUCUGGGAGAUCGAGCAGCUCAGGACAAAGCUCUUGGAGAGCGAAGCCAUGAACGAGUUGCUCCACCGGAGUCUGUCGCAGGUCUCCUCCAGGCCCCCGUACUCCCUGGGCUCGUCUCCAGGCCCAGGCCUGGGGGCGCUCAGCUGCCCAGUGGUCUCCAUGGAGGCAGAGGCCACCGAAGUCCUCCGGUGGGCCAAGCAGGACCUGGAGCAGCUGAAGAAGGAGACCAAGCAGCGGAGGAAGAGCCCGGAGAAGGAGGCCUUUAAGAAGAGGCCAAAGCUGCAGCAGGAGAACGGGGAGGAGACGGACGAGAACGAGGAGGAGGAGGAGGAGCGGGAGGAGAGUGGCUGUGAGGAUGAGGACGAGGAUUCGGGCAGCGAGGAGAGCCUGGUGGACUCGGACUCUGAUGCAGAGGAGAAGGAUAACUCGGAGGUGGUGAAUUUCCAGGCUGAUCUGGCCGACCUGACCUGCGAGAUCGAGAUCGAGCAGAAGCUGAUUGAGGAGCUGGAGAACAGCCAGCGGCGCAUACAGACCCUCAAGCACCAGUCCGAGGAGAAGCUAAUCCUGCUGCAGAACAAGAUCCGCGACACCCAGCUGGAGAGGGACCGGGUGCUGCAGAACCUCAGCACCAUGGAAUGCUACACGGAGGAGAAGGCCAACAAGAUCAAGGCGGACUACGAGAAGCGGCUGAAGGAGAUGAAUCGGGAGCUGCAGAAGCUGCAGGCAGCCCAGAAGGAACGUGCUCGCCUGCUCAAGAACCAGUCGCGCUACGAGCGGGAGCUCAAGAAGCUGCAGGCUGAGGUGGCAGAGAUGAAGAAGGCGAAGGUGGCACUGAUGAAGCAGAUGCGGGAGGAGCAGCAGCGGAGGCGGCUGAUGGAGAUCAAGCGGAAUCGGGAGAUCGCCCAGCUGAAGAAGGAGCAGCGCAGGCAGGAGUUUCAGAUCCGGGCGCUGGAGUCUCAGAAGCGGCAGCAGGAAAUCGUGCUGCGAAGGAAAACCCAGGAGGUCUCUGCUCUGCGCCGCCUGGCCAAGCCCAUGUCGGACCGGGUCUCUGGGAGGCUGAGUCAGAAGCCAGCCAUGCUGGACUCAGGUGCGGAGGUGUCCGCCAGCACCACCUCCUCGGAAUUGGAGUCCGGCUCUCGCUCGGUCUCCAGCAUCGUGCGCCAGUGGAACCGGAAAAUCGACCACUUCCUGAGAGACCCUUCGCCCUCCGUGAAUGGGGCUCGGCCCGUCAGGAAGAAGUUCCCAAAGAAGGGGAUGAGCCAGACCUUCAGCAAGGCGGCCUGGCUCAAGUGGCAGUUGCUGGAGUGGCGCAUCUUUGACGUUGUCAUGCAGAGGAUGACCAUCGUCAACCUGGAGGCGGACAUGGAGCGGCUGAUCAAGAAAUGCGAGGAGCUGGCGCUGCUGCAGGAGGCGCUGCAGGCGGAGAGCCCGGAGGAGCAGAAGGGCCUGCAGGAGCUGAACGAGGAGAUCAGGCUGACCGCCAACAUUGACUACAUCACCGACAGCAUCGCCGACUGCCAGGCCACCAUCAUGCAGCUGGAGGAGACCAAGGAGGAGCUGGACUCCACCGACACCUCCGUGGUGAUCAGCUCCUGCUCCUUGGCCGAGACGCGCCUCCUGCUAGACAACUUCCUCAAGGCAUCCAUCGAUAAGGGGCUGCAGGUGGCUCAGAAAGAAGCCCAGAUUCGCCUGCUGGAAGGGCGCCUGAGACAAACGGAUGUGACCGGCUCCUCCCAGAACCAUGUGAUCCUGGAUGCCCUGCGGGAGAAAGCGGAGUCCCACCCCGAGCUGCAGGCGCUCAUCCACAACAUGCAGCAAGGGAACGGCUACGCCAGCACGGACGAGGAGAUCUGGGAGUUCAGCCUGGCCUCGGAGGGGAGCUUCUCCCAGUCUUUCAGCCUGAAGGGCUCGGCCAGCCAGGACGACUUCAAGUUCAAGGGGGAACCCAAGCUGUCAGGCCAGAUGAAGGCUGUGUCGGCCGAGUGCCUGGGACCCACGUUGGACAUCUCCACCAAGAACAUCACCAAGUCCUUGGUGUCCCUCAUGGAGAUCAAGGAAGACGGGAUCGGCUUUUCCAUCCGGGAUUCCUACUACAAGAAUAAGGUCUCCCGCACCAUCAGCCUGCCCACCCGCGGCAGCACCUUCCCUAGGCAGUCCCGUGGCUCGGACACCUCGCCUCUGACCCGGAGGAAAUCCUAUGACCAGGGGCAGCCUGCCAGGACUUCGGACGUUGGCUUCACGCCUCCCUCGUCCCCUCCCACCAGGCCGCGCAAUGACCGCAACGUCUUCUCCCGCCUCACCAGCAACCAGAGCCAGGGCUCCGCACUGGACAAGUCUGACGACAGCGAUUCCUCUGUCUCGGAGGUGCUGAGGUACAUACAACUUUCUAUUGAUUAG